UGCCGCGAUUAUAAGAUAGCGCGUUAGUGAUAGUCGCCUCAUUAGAGAGCGUCGGUUAAAUUUAAACUCAUAGAAAUAUUAAGUUGCCUUCAUGACCUCGCACUCCUACAACACCACACCUCAGGAAGAUCUUCGCAGGCCACUGAGUGAAGCACAGCGCCGCAGGGUAACCAUCACACUACCACCGCGGCCGUCAUGGGGGAGGCGUCGUGGCGAAGGUGGUGCUGGUGGAGGGAGUGUCUGGUGGUGGUGGUGGUGGGGGUGGUGGCGUCAGAGGCGGCAGGACAGCAGACGCCUUGUGAGGUGCUGGACAGCAGCCUGCAGUCCACCUUCCCGCUGCCCACCACCCUCACCCUGCGCCCCUCGGAGCCUCAGUGGCGGCUGGACUUUGCUGUGCAUGAGACACACGCGGCCUCCACAGCCUGUGUCCGCGUGGAACAGAAGUCUAGGGUUUCCAGCGUGCGGUUCAAGCUGUACAGGGGAACCUGCAGUAACGGCACGCUCGUCGACUUUGGCUUCCUAUAUGACGUGACCUUGCUGCCCACCGCCUGGACUCUCCUGCAGGUGCAGGUCAAGAACAACUCGGUGGUGGUGGAGCCCUCAGGGGCCGCUGCUGUGGUGCUGCAGAACAAGGACGUGCCCCUGAGCUAUGACACCCUGCAGGUAAGUGCGGUGCAGGACGUGGAGGCGGCGGUAGGGUGCCGCGUGAGGUGUCCGCACUACAAGCACUCCUCGGGGCGCGGCGGGAACAAAGACGUCUUGACCACCCGGCGGGACAAUGCUCGGUUCUACUUCCGGCCCGGCGAGGACUCAGUGAGGCUGCAGCUCCAGGUGACGUGCACCACCACGCGGGGCGCCACCUUGUACCCGCACCUCGCCGACAUCACGCCGUCCCGCGCCGGCUGGCAACUGGUGGAGGUGCGGCACCACGGCGGCGUGGCGCAGGUCACCCUGGACAACGUGAUGGUGUGGAGCAGGAGCUGCCGCCCCAGUGCCCUCUUCACCUUCUCCUGCAACCCUGUCACCGGCGACCCGGAGUGGGACGGGCCACACCAGUGGGCGUUGGAUUUUGACACCGCCAACUCCGGCACGGCUGAGUUAAUGGCGUGGGUGGCGGCGGGCGUCAACAUCGUGGUGGUGGUGGUGGUGUGUCUUGUGGUGUAG